AUGGAUACAACGGGGGAUGCGCCAUCGUUGCCGUCGCUUAGUGCCGGGUGUUGGAGGCGGGAUUGUCUGGUUCUCACUAACCAGACACAAAACCUUCUUGUCGCCAUACGCUCCAACGGUAGGUUCGGCACAAAUACCCCCUUCGCAAAUGCGGGCCAACUAACCGAGAAUCAUUUGCUUCGCCAGUUGAAGGCACUUCAGCGGGCGAUUCUGACGCCAAAUUUGGCGCGUCCUGUCAGUGAGAAGGCGAUUCUGACGCCAUUCUGUGAUAUCAUUACCUCCGCGACAAUGAGUGACACAAUUGUGGGAGUCGCCCUGGCGUGUUUGUCAAACCUCAUCGAUCUUCGAUGUUCCUUUGUUACAGUGAACGGGCUUGAGCUGAUUCUACGCAGGCUAAAUGGCAUAAAAAGGGACGUGCACGACGUGUUUCUAUACGAGGUUGUGCUCAGCAGGGUGUUGCAGUUGUAUGUGAGUUGUGCGGCUCACCCGUCCGCGGCAGGAUUGCCUGAGAAUUUUUACGUACAAAUGGUGCGACGUGCGUAUACGCUGGCGCUACAUCCGAUGUUUACUCCACUGCUUCGGCGAACGGCCGAACAAGCCAUGAAGUCAAUUGUUACAUCUCUGUAUACGAUUAUCUUAAAUAACAGGCCGCAUUCCCGUCCGCUUGCUGCGAAGGAGGAAACCGUACUACACGAUGGCGCGGAGGAGGAGUCGGCGUCGUCUCUUACGGGAGCUGUUAUGCUGCGUUACAUUUGCACCCUUAUAAAAGGGUCCGAUGAUGAAAAUGAGUCAGGGCCGGAGAUGCAACCGCCUGAGACGAGGAACGCGUCUAAAACUGCGGCGGUGCAAUUAGAGGGGCUAUGUCUCGUGCAGGCCAUGCUGUUUGUGAUCAAGGAUUGCCUUUGUGACCCGGGGCGGGAGGAGCUACUUCAUGGUGUACAGCACGAACUGUGUCGUGCGCUUCUCGUGACAGGGGUGAGUACGGAGAAUACCAUAGUUCUCUCCCAGAUACUUCGGACAGUACAUAUUGUGAUGAAAAUUGCCUCAACGCAUGUGGUGCCGCAGACUUUUUCUUUUAUUAGAGCCCUUCAUCUUGACCCCAUCAUGCGCAUGGCAGAAGAACUCCGCUCCGGCCCAUCAUCGCCGGGAAAAAUGGUUUCCUCGCCUUCCCUAGCAGCCGCACCGACGCUGCCCACUGGACCUCCAUUUCACCGGAGUGUAACGCAUCUGAUGGACCUCUAUGAACAUCGAGAACUUUUAUUGGAGAGUCUUGUAGAGUUCUGCGGAGAUGCCGAUUUUGCCACAUUUUGCUACGCGCAGUAUGACCUCUCACGACGUUUUAUUCCCUUGUUUGAUCGUCUUUGCUCGGUAUUGGUGGAGAACUGUUUCUACGUGCUCGACGAUGCUGCCCCUGCCGUCGCAAGAAAGGGGGACCGUAAUGGGGCGUCUUCCGACGUUGGCUCGGAGGCGUGUUUGACGAAUAUGGACAUGCUCGCUUUAGAGGCAAUGAAUGCGCUUUUGCAUCAAAUAGCUCUGGCAAUUUCGCGUCCGUUGCCGUCUUCAGCCGAGUUGACGUCGCUGAUUACGUCUCGGCUGGAGCAGAAGAAACUAUUGAUGGAGUUUGCCUUUCUGUUCCGAAGCAGCGCCGUCAGGGAGGGCAUUCCAUUUCUCCUGCGGAAGGCAACUCGGGUUCCCGCCGGAUCCUCCUACCGCAACAUCGCCGGUAUUGGCGGGGUAAACUCGCCGGCCCUGGUGCUUGCCGAACCCGCUGGUGGGCGUGAGGUGGGUGCCUGCCUUUUUUACCUUAGUGAUAUGCUGGACAAGCGUGUCUUGGGGGACUACCUCGGUGAGCUUGGCAGGGAGCCGCCCCCGCCGACGCCUGACGGAACGGAGGAAGGCGCUGCGGCCCUUGCCGCCUGGGAGGCCGAGCGGGAAAACGAUCAUUUGCGGGCAGGAACUGUGCGCUUUUAUGAGGAACAACUGAAAGGGUUCCUACAAGAGUUCGAUUACCGCAACAAGUCUCUCUUGCACUGCAUUCGUGAGACAGCCUAUCAUAUGUGCAUGCCGGGGGAGGCGCAGAAGAUUGAUCGCGUCAUGGAGGCGUUUGCGAAAAUGUGGCUCAAAUCUAACUCUGAUGCGGCGAAGGAAAUUAACCCGUUCUGUAGUGAACAGGGUCCUUUUAUCCUCGCCUUUUCAUUGAUUAUGUUGAACACCGACCAACACUCCGGCAAGAUGGUAAAACCAAUGCAGCGGGCAGACUUUCGACGUGUGCAUCGUGACAGUGAUGGAGGUAAUUGCCUUCCAGAUGAGUACCUGGAUCAAUUAUACGAUGAUGUGAAGGCCCACCCAAUUAUUAUGGCAGAAAUGAUUGAUGUGGGUUUUACAAACGACGUCACCUGGGCGCUGGAAAUGCGAGAACUGGCCCUUUCUGAAGAGGUGAUCUCCAACGAUGCCAUAUUGCGGUGCUCGAUGCAGGUGACAACGUCAACUUCCAGCGAUCAAGCUGUUGCCCAGGCCUUGCAUCCGUUUGUCUUUUCCGCGUUCUGGAGGCAUGCUCUCACGGCAUUUGCGAACACCAUUUAUACCUGUAGCCUCUGCCCCGGCCACGAUAUUGUGGAGGAGAUAGAUGCGGAGGACAACGGUGACAAGAGUGAUUCCUUUUUAACUGCGACUGAAGAGGCACACAAUCUUGCACUUGGUGGUCUAUGCUUGCUAGCCAAGACCGCUAAACACUUUGGCACCGUGUCUGCCGUAGACCAUAUCAUAUUGGUCCUGCUCUCGCAGCUCCCGCUUGACAAGCAAGAUGCACAUGGUUCAUUGGUUCGUCUUGGGAACGGACGUUUCUCGUUGCGUUGCUUAGAAAAACUCUUCUGCGUCCUUCGUGAGUGUCUGCCGCUGGUAAUGGACGCCUGGGGAGAGUUGGGUCACUUUUUUGCUAACUCCUUUUUGCUGGGUAUUUUCGCGCGGGAACCGAACCUGGCCCCUUCAACGCCCUCCGCGGCCGGAGGCACCGAGCUGUGGGAGGAGCUGCGCAAUAAUCCCGGGCUAGUCGUGGCUGGCGUUAAGCGUACGACCUCCGAGGGUGGCUGGUUUGCGGCGUUGUGGGGCUCCUCCGUUUCGCCCGAGCGCCUCAAGGCGCAGGAGUGCGAGGAACAGCGGGCGAUGGAACGGGUCAAGGUGCGGUUUCCUGACAUUGAGGAAUUUCUCCGCAUGAUUGACGCGCUUGAAGAGAAACCCCACCAUCAGCUCCUUCGUGCCUUGUGCGAGGAGGCAGCAAUGAAGGGCAAAGGUGCGGCCGACAGUUAUGCGGCCUCGUAUACGGUGAUUCUCAUCACGGAAGUCGUCAUGCGCCGUUCACGGGAUAACGCUGUGCUAGAGCGCUACCUCAAGUUGUGUCAGCAAGUCACGGCAAGCAUAUUUGCCGCUCUCGACCAGCCUAACACCACACACGCAUUCAGCGGCAAGAAGAGCAAUAAUUGUAGUAGCAGCAGCAACAACCACGGUAGCAAGGCUCGUGGCACCAUUGAGGAGUUUCAAAUGACCGAGCUUGGCCAACCGAUCCCCGCUGAGGCCUACGAGUAUUGGGUAUCGCUGGCAACCCGCGUGGUAAAUGCCUUGCUUAGGGCUGUAAAGCAUUUUAUAGGUAAUGAACUGCAGCAGGAGGCAGGACAACGAAUUCUGUGCCUACUUACCGCUGCCCCCUCCAGGGUUUUUACGGCUGUGGUGGCCCCACUACUCUCCGCUGCCUUGCUAGAGUUACUCACUGAGCCGCAAUAUCUACCGCACGUACCAGCCCAUUCACUACUGGUGACGUUAUUGGAUGCACUAUGUACACUGGCAACUAAGUGUGGUCAUCCUCUCGUGCGGCAGCAAACGCGGAAAGCGCUAUCGAUGAUGGUGAAAAAGGAGCGCUAUAACAUCCUGCAAGAUGGCGAGGAUGUUGUAAAUGCCUUGGUAACCUCUGCGCUUGAGUCAAAUAGUGAAUGUGAGGUAGGCAUCCGAGCUGGAAUACAUUCAAGUGAGCUGACUCAGGAUGAGAAUUUGGAAAGUUUUGCGGAUAAUCUUACCAUCGCCUGUCGUCGCCUCGUUGCUCUUUACGGUUCAAGAGGCACCACAAAUGAGGACGCGGAGUGGCGGCGUGUGUGGAUUGCCUCACUCCGUGGUCUCUGUGCCUUGGUUGUGUCUUCGCGCCAGUACCGCGAUAGAAGUGAGGCGCUCCUAUGCCUACAGCGUUGCUUGCUAGACCCGGACAUUGAUCAACUGCCCGUCACUGCCGUUUCUAUGCUCUACGAAGAUGUUGUUUUUCCACUUACUGAACAAAUUUGUGCCCCAUCCUCCUCUGCCGCGGCAACUGCACUGUCGCCGAGUGGCCAGACAACUGCUGAUGCCGCCGUGAGCCCGGCCCCAGGCCAAACGUUUGUAACGAGUCUCUUAAGCCCAUUUGCCCCACAGCCGACAACAAAGUCCGGGAUGGGGGGUUCGGCGGGCCCAUCCGGUUCUGUGAAGGAGAGAAAUCAACAGGUGACUAUUGAUUUGAAGUGCCGUGUUGUUGGUUUACUACCCAAAGUAUUUCUACACCACGUGAAGUCCCUUGGAGAGACGCCAGAGGUGUUACAGGAACUGUGGCAACGUAUCCUGGGCACCCUUUAUGCCCUUUACACCGCCCCGACAGAGAGUGCCUCCAAUACCGUGCCGUCUGCUGCGCAGGACGCGAUGUGGAUGAGUCGUGUAAGCGGUGCGACAGAGGACGAAAUCGUUCUGCGCGAGGCCAUUCAAGAAACUGUAAAAAAUAUGAUUUACGUUCUCUCAGCGACCCUCUCUGAACCUGCGUGCGAACAGGCCAUGCGACAGACCCCAUUCUUCUGGACAUCCACAAAGAAUUUGCUGCGCACCUUUGACUUUGCUGAGCCUCUUCUUGCCCAUAUUGACAUGAUUGAAAGUUAA